AGCGGGAGGAGGCAGAGAGGAGGGGGGACCCGGCAGCUCCCGCUCGGCGCCGGGCCGCUCCGUACACCCACGCCUCGCUGCUUGGCUUCUUGCCCCCAACCCGGGCAUGCGCCCCCCGCGGCCCCGGCCCCGCAGAGUCCGCGCCGCCCCCCGGAGACUCCCCAGAUCCGGCUGCGCACGAUGGGCGCCCUCCGCCCCACGCCGCCGCCGCGGUUGCUGCUGUUGCUGCUGCUAACGCUGGGAGUUGGAUGCAGUGCCCGGGAGGUGCUGGUCCCCGAGGGGCCCCUGUACCGCGUGGCUGGCACAGCCGUCUCCAUCUCCUGCAAUGUGAGUGGCUACGAGGGCCCUGCCCAGCAGGACUUCGAGUGGUUCCUGUACAGACCUGAGGCUCCAGACGCUGCCCUGGGCAUCAUCAGUACCAGAGAUACCCGGUUCUCCUACGCCAUCUUCGGGCCCCGUGUGGCUGCCGGUGAAGUGCAGGUGCAGCGUCUCCAGGGUGAUGCUGUGCUGCUCAAGAUCGCACGCCUGCAGGCCCAGGACGCAGGAGUUUACGAGUGCUACACCCCUUCCACUGAUGCCCGCUACCUGGGCAGCUACAGCGGCAAGGUGGAGCUUCGAGUUCUUCCAGAUAUGCUGCAGGUGUCUGCCGCACCGCCGGGGCCUCGAGGCCGCCAGGCCCCAGCCUCCCCUCCACGCCUGACAGUGCACGAGGGCCAGGAGCUGGCCCUGGGCUGCCUGGCGCGGACGAGCACACAGAAGCACACACACCUGGCCGUGUCCUUUGGACGAGCCGUGCCCGAGGCGCCCGUGGGGCGAGCGACUCUGCAGGAAGUGGUGGGACUUCGUUCCGACCUGGCCGUGGAGGCCGGAGCUCCCUAUGCUGAGCGGCUGGCCGCAGGGGAGCUGCGGCUGGGCAAGGAGGGGAGCGAUCGGUACCGCAUGGUGGUGGGGGGCGCGCAGGCCGAGGACGCGGGCACCUACCACUGCACUGCCGCGGAGUGGAUUCAGGAUCCUGAUGGCAGCUGGGCCCAGAUCGCGGAGAAGAGGGCUGUCCUGGCCCAGGUGGACGUGCAGACGCUGUCCAGCCAGCUGGCAGUGACCGUGGGGCCUGGAGAACGUCGCAUCGGCCCAGGGGAGCCCUUGGAGCUGCUGUGCAACGUGUCCGGGGCACUGCCCCCACCAGGCCGUCAUGCCGCGUACUCCGUGGGCUGGGAGAUGGCACCUGCAGGGGCACCAGGGCCUGGCCGCCUGGUAGCCCAGCUGGACACAGAGGGCGUGGGCAGCCUGGGCCCUGGCUACGAGGGCCGGCACAUUGCCAUGGAGAAGGUGGCGUCCAGGACCUAUCGGCUACGGCUAGAGGCCGCCAGGCCUGCUGAUGCAGGCACCUACCGCUGCCUCGCCAAGGCCUAUGUUCGAGGCUCUGGGACCCGGCUUCGUGAGGCAGCCAGUGCUCGCUCCCGGCCUCUCCCUGUGCAUGUGCGGGAGGAAGGUGUGGUGCUGGAGGCCGUGGCAUGGCUGGCAGGGGGCACAGUGUACCGGGGGGAGACUGCCUCCCUGUUGUGCAACAUCUCCGUGCGGGGUGGCCCCCCGGGACUGCGGCUGGCUGCCAGCUGGUGGGUGGAGCGACCAGAGGAGGGGGAACUGAGCUCUUCCCCUGCCCAGCUGGUGGGCGGCGUGGGCCAGGACGGGGUGGCAGAGCUGGGGGUCCGGCCCGGAGGAGGCCCUGUGAGCGUGGAGCUGGUGGGGCCCCGAAGCCAUCGGCUGAGACUGCACAGCUUGGGGCCCGAGGACGAGGGCGUGUACCACUGCGCCCCUAGCGCCUGGGUGCAGCACGCAGACUACAGCUGGUACCAGGCUGGCAGUGCCCGCUCUGGGCCCGUCACAGUCUACCCCUACAUGCAUGCCCUAGACACCCUGUUUGUGCCCCUGCUGGUGGGAACAGGGGUAGCUCUAGUGACCGGCGCCAUCGUCCUUGGCACCAUCACCUGCUGUUUCAUGAAGAGGCUGCGGAAGCGGUGAUCCCUCACUCCCCAGUUCUUGCAGGUGUUGACUGUCUUCCGGCCCAGCUCCAAGCCCUCUGUCUGGUUGCCUGGACACCCUCUCCCUCUUCCCCCCUCCCUGUUAAUUUAUUUGACCCCCUCCCCCAGCCCAGAGUGGGAGACAUGGCCCCUACUUCCCACUCCUCACCUCCCAAAUGCCUCCCUCUGGCCUCCUGUUCUUGAUCUCAUACCUGCCCCUGGGGAGGCCAUUCCCUGUCCCAGUCCCAGAAUUAGUUUUUCUAAAAUGUGAAUAAACGGUUUUAC